UAUCAACUUCAGUAUCUGAACUCAGAAUUGUUCUUCUGGGUAAAACUGGAUCAGGAAAGAGUUCAACGGGAAACACCAUCCUGGAUCUGCAGUACUUUGAGACGGGAGAUUCACAAGAGUCAUUUACUGAAACUUGUGAGAAAGGAGAAGUGAGGAUUGAUGAAAGGAGCAUCUCAGUCAUUGACACUCCAGGCCUGUUUGAUACAACACUGUCGCACAAGAAAAUGAAGAAUGAAAUAAAGAAGUGUGUGGAGAUGUCUGCUCCUGGUCCUCAUGUGUUUCUGCUGGUCAUUAGAGCGGGGAGAUUCACAGAAGAAGAGAAAAACACAGUGAAAUGGAUUCAGAAGAACUUUGGAGAAGAAGCUGCACGUUACACCAUCAUUCUGUUCACUCACGCUGAUCAUCUGAGGGGGAAGCCAUUACAGGAGUAUCUUAGUGAAAACGAUGAUCUCCAGGGUCUUGUUAUUCAGUGUAAUGGCAUAUAUCACUCAUUCAAUAAUGAAGACAUUGAGAAUCGCUCUCAGGUCACUGAACUGCUGGAGAAGAUUGAGAGGAUGUUAGAGAUAAAUGGAGGACAGAUUGGUAAGCUUAUGUCUUUGUCUUUGAAACAAAUUAUCACAGUUUCAUAUUGGUCUGGAAAACCUCGGAUUGUGCUGCUGGGUAAAACUGGAUCAGGAAAAACCAGUGCUGUUGAAACCAUUGUGGGCCGAGAGAGUUUUACUAAAACCUGUCAAAUACAUGAAGCUUGUGUUGAUGGAAAGAACAUGAAAAUAAUCAACACUCCAGGACUGAUUGAUGCACCAGCAGAGAAGAUGAAAGCUGAAUUAGAGAAGUGUGUCCACAUGUCUGCUCCUGGUCCUCAUGUGUUUCUGCUGGCCAUCAGACUCGAUAACAGAUUCAAAGAUGAGGAGAAGGAAAUUGUGAAAUGGGUCCAGAACAACAUUGGUAUAGAUGCUCUACGUUACAGCAUCAUUCUGUUCACUCACACUGAUAAUCUGAGGGGGAAACCAUUAGAUGAUUGUAUCAGAGAAAGGGUGUAUAAGACAAAGUCACUGGUUAACAGUAAUGGCAGAUAUCAAGCAUUCAACAUCGAGGCACUCAGAGACCCUAACCAUAAUCAGGUCAAAGAGCUGCUGGAGAAGAUUGAAAACAUAGCAGAGGAAAAUGAAUGGGGGUACUACACAAAUGAGUGGUCUUCAGAAAUGAUCAAAC